AUGAUGAACAGGAAAUCGGGUCUGACGGAGCUAGAAAUGGGUGUAGUUUUUGAGCUGAUCCAACUCAGGGGCAGCUACACCGGCGACUUCACUGUCCAGUGUGUUGAUUUUCCGAUGGAAAAAUGCGAAUUGCGAGGCAAAAAAUCGGAGGAAUCAUUGAGCUUAAUCGAGCUGGAAAUCAACACCGCCGGGGAAAUUUUGCCCAGGAGAAACAAACGGUACAGAUCACUUGCGGAUAUUUACAGAAAGACACAGCCAUAUAUCAAGAAUGGCGCCAAGAAGAUUGGCCAGGUUUGGAAUUAG